CAUCCCGGGGCUCUCCGCUGCGCUCCGGGAGGAGUGGAGAGUGAGUUCGGGCUGACUGAGAGCGGACGCGUCGGAAACCUCCCCGGAGGGGCCCCGUGUAAUUCGAUGCAUGCUGUUAAAGCUUAGAGUAUAUUGUCUUCCCUUUGCUUAUGAAGCCUCCACCCACCGGCCCACCCUACAUUUAGCGGAUCAUGUGACUCGGGGCAGCCUAAGAAACAGGAUGUUAAUGCUUGACGGAAUGCCUGCAGUCCGGGUCAAAGCUGAGCCCCUGGAAUCGGAACAAGGGUCACCUAAAGUGCGCCCUUACUCUGCAAUGGACGGCGUCCCCUUCUUCCUCAGCCGAGUUAAGCACGAACCUCCAGAAGACCUGCUCGCUAACGACCUGCACUUCCACACACAGACCGAACCUGUCGACCUGUCAAUCAACAAACACCGCCCCUCCUCUUCAUCAACCACCCCUACCACCACCUCGUCAUCUUCCCCUCUCAGAUACGCUUUCUCCCCGUCUUCUUUAUCGUCUUCAUCCUCCUCCUCCUCCUCUCCAUCGGUUAUCACCUCAGCCUCAUCGGUGCUAACCCCUGGAACCGGGCUGAGGGGUCAGCCGUAUUUGCACAUUCUGCACUCUGUGCCGCCGCCUCCAUCCAGCCCAUUGAGCCUGCAGGGAGCGGGGAAGAUUGCCAGCCAUGUUCACCGGAUCCCAGUCGUGGUACAGUCACUGCCACUCAUGUACACCACUGCCGUUCGAUCACCCUCCAGCCUCAACAACGCCAUCAUGCUACCUCUGCUGGACGAGGUGAAAAACCAUGGCAAAGCACACAUAGACCCCAACGGCCUGUCGCCAAGGCAGAUCAAGAGUGACAGCGAUGACGACGACCUGCCAAACGUGACCUUGGAUAGUGUUAAUGAGACCGGCUCCACUGCGCUGUCUAUAGCCCGCGCUGUACAAGAUUCCAUGUCCCCGUUCAGUAUUGACAGCAUACGGCGCCCCCGGAGGUCAGAGUCACCAGAUUCCAAAAAGAGAAGAAUUCACAGAUGUGACUUUGAGGGCUGCAAUAAGGUGUACACCAAAAGCUCCCAUUUAAAAGCACAUCGGAGGACACAUACAGGGGAAAAGCCAUACAAAUGCACCUGGGACGGCUGCACGUGGAAGUUUGCCCGCUCUGAUGAGCUGACAAGGCAUUACAGAAAACACACAGGGGUGAAGCCCUUCAAGUGUGCAGACUGUGACCGCAGCUUCUCCAGAUCUGACCACUUGGCCCUGCACCGACGGAGACACAUGCUGGUGUGAAUAAGAUGGAGAGAGAGAGAAAGAGAGAGAGAGAGAGAGAGAGAGAGAGAUCAAAGGAACAGACACACACAAACACAGGCAGCCGGGGGAGCGGGAUCUCCCUAUGAAUGUUUUUCAGCUGGCCUGGACGCACACACCUACACAUACAUAGACGCACACACACACACACACACACACACACUCACUCAUCCGUCAUCAUAAGGAGAGAAGAUGGAGAGGUGCACAGAGCUUGUGCAGCACAAAACAGGGUCACUUAUGGAUCCUCUUUGGGUUGGAAGGAAUAGACGGCAGGAUCUAUUAUUGCUAUUCUUUGGAGUAUAAUAGGGAACUGUCUUUUACAGCACUGUUUGUAAAUGUUUCACUUUGAUUUUUAAAGAUAAACUCACACUUUCUUUGGACAAAAAAUAUAUAUAUAAUGCAAUUGCAACGGCCUCUUUUAUGGUAACAUUCUUUUCAUUAUUGUUAAAAUGGCUGAUUUUCCAGCACUCAUAAUGUGAAAGACCCCAUUUAAUGGAAUGGAUUUCCUCUGUGAGCAGAAAGAAGCUAGGCCUGGACUAGAUUGAAUGAAUGGACUUGGGCCUAAGUGGAGUUACAGGCAGUAUUGUUGCGCCGUGCCGCUAUUUGAGUCUGAAUGGUGACCAGCAGAGGGCGGCAUUUAAUCACAGAUGGUUUCUUUUGCCUCCUGGAGCCUGCUGUUAUAUCUGAGGCAUCCCAUUCACAAGCUCAAAGAGGGCUGGAAUUUCACCUGUCUCACAGCCAGCAAACGGUAAAUGACAUUAACUGAAAUAGCCACAACCCGAAUGGAUUAACCUCAUCUACACGUCUACUUUUACAGAUAUUCAUUGCUUUAUUUCAAACAAGUAAAACUGGACAAUCACAUCAUCACACCAGCAAAGAAACACACACUGUUUAUGACCCACUCACAGGGCUGGACAACCCCAAAUCUCAUCAGUGCUAUUCUUUAUGUUGAGCCUCUUGAAAGCAUUUCUUUCAAAAAAAAAAAAAUAUUUGGUGGAAUUUGUGCUGUGAUUAGCAAUCAGUAAAGUGCAAUCUUAAAGGAUAAAUAUACUUUCAGUAUGAUGUUUUGUUCAUUGAAUCUUGCUUUUCUUCUUUUUAAAUGCCUGCUUAUUGCUUAUGUUUGACUCAGAAAAAUACAACCCCUCAUGUACAGUAAAAUUUACAACAAUCAGAGGAGAUUUUCUAGUAUGUG